AUUGUUCAAUGAAACUGUAACUUCAUGAAUCUCACAGAAGAGCAUCAAGAGGCAUCCUGUGUCCAUUCAAAUGUUUCCUGUUUGGGAACUUCAGGUGAUGUGCUGCUGUAUAUGGCUGCAGCAGUAGUUGUGACAGUGACAGUGUGUGGAAACCUGCUUGUGAUCAUCUCCAUCUGUCACUUCAAGCAACUUCAGACACCAGCUAAUUUUGUACUGCUCUCUCUGGCCAUGGCAGACUUUCUUGUUGGGGUAAUUGUGAUGCCCCUCUACUUUACUGUGUUGAUCAAUUCACAGAGGUGCUUUGAUAUAUUGUAUUACACAAUGUUUCAUUUAGCAGGAUUUUACCUUACUUGUUUAUCAAUUUAUAAUGUAACUUUAAUUGCAGUGGACCGAUACCUGGCUCUCUCCAACCCUUUUCACUACUCCAUGAAAGUGACAGUGAAUGUAACUUUGAGGAUAAUAGCCAUACUGUGGUUGUAUUCGUUAAUUUACAAUGUGGUGCUUCUUUAUUAUAAUGGAAAUAUUACUGACAUGAAAGCAAACAUCACAUGUGGUGAGUGUUUUGUUAAGGUUAAUACAGUAUGGGCUAUUGUUGACUUAAUAAUUGUAUUUGUUUUACCAUGUUCAAUUAUUAUAUUCAUAUACCUGAACAUUUUUGCUAUUGCUAAAAAGCAUGCAAAUAAAAUAAGGAGUGUCAGAAAGUGCCCAAAAGUAAAUAACAGUAAUAUGGCAUCUGAAAGGAAAGCAGCAAAAACCCUUGGAGUUUUAGUGGCAGUGUUCCUUCUGUGCUUAGUACCCUACUAUGUAAGUGCCUUCAUUGAGGUCUAUUUCAGGAAUAGAUCUGUGCACGUUGCAGUUUCAGUUACAUUGACUCUAAUAUAUUUAAAUUCUUCUAUUAAUCCUAUUAUUUAUGCUCUGUUCUAUCCAUGGUUUCAGAGGUCUUUUAAGAUCAUAAUAACACUCAAGAUAUGUAGAACAGAAUCUUCAGUCUUGCAUGUGCUGGCACAGGAAACAUAAGCAAUUCUUAUGUAGUGUGAAUGUGAUGUAAUAAAGCCAUUUCAUUUUUUUUCAUCCUUGUAUUUCAUUAAUGGGUAGAAUUAUUUUAUUUAUUUAUUUUCUAUUACUUGUACUAGUAAUAUCACCGUUAUUCUGAUGUAAUUUCUAAUAUUUUGUAUUUUUAUUGUCAUGUGUUGUGCACAACAUUUCAGUACCCUACUAUGUAAGUGCCUUCCUUGAUGUCUAUUUCAGGAACAGAUCUAUGCACCUUGCACUUUCAAUUACAGUGAUUUUACUAUAUUUAAAUUCGUCUAUCAAUCCUAUUAUUUAUGCCCUGUUCUAUCCAUGGUU